GGGCCCAGCUUACAUUUGCCCAGAAACCGGGCCGGGAGUACUGGAUCCAGAUUCCGGGAUUGUAAAUAGAUCUGUAGGUCCAUCAGUGACCACCAAUGGUCUUCUUAGCCCAUCUGUAGUUUUUUAUAGUGCGUCACUCAUGCAGAACCCAAGAAAGGUGUCCAAUUAA